AUGCCUUUGAGUUCACGUCCAGACGCACUCAUCAGCCGGCUGUCCUCGCUCUUCCGCUCUCAACCCCACACCACUGAAGAAAUCGAACUCACGCAAUGCCAAAGCAGCCCUCGUGUUGUCGAAGUGGCUGCAGUGCGGGACAGGCAGACUUUGGUUGUUGCUCGGGGGGCACAAUUUCAGAAGGCAAAACGAGCAUAUGAGCAACAAACUCAAGCCCAGGCGUCGCACACUCAACCUGCCGAUGCCUCAACAUCUGCGAUCCCUCCUGCUCUAGUGCACCAUGAAUUUUGUUUCCUUGCCGCAAGACUCGUGCAAUGCGUCGAACACAAUGAUGCUAAGGUCAAGAACCUGUUGAACGCCAUCUCCGUUACGGUCACCAUUAUACAUUUUUGGCUCCAUGCAUACCCCAUCCGCAAUGCAUCUGAUCAGAAGACUUACCCUGACGGCACCAACUACUUCACUAUUUCAACCCUGAUGCUGCGUUAUUCGCGCCUUGCCAGCACGAGUUGA